AUGGAGACUGGUGGUAAUAGGGAACUCUCAGUCGACUUCUCAGCUAGUCAACCUAAAUACAUUGUCCUCUCGGAUGGAUUAAUGCGGGAAAUGCCUUGGAGGGGUGCUGGUGUAGCAAUCCCAAUGUUUUCCGUAAGAUCGGAUGCUGACAUGGGAGUCGGGGAGUUUCUCGAUUUGAAGUUGCUAGUGGAUUGGGCAGUCGAGUCAGGUUUCCAUUUAGUUCAGCUAUUACCGAUCAAUGACACAUCUGUACACGGGAUGUGGUGGGAUUCAUAUCCUUACAGCUCUCUCUCCGUAUUUGCAUUGCAUCCAUUAUACCUCAGAGUGCAAGCCCUUUCGAAAAAUAUUUCAGAGGAUGUCAUGAAAAUAAUUAUUUUUUUAUACUUGCAGGAUGUUGAUUAUGAGGCUACCAUGGCUGCAAAACUCUCGAUUGCGAAGAAGAUUUAUUCUCAGGAGAAGGAAAUUGUAUUUAGUUCGGUUGCGUACCAGAAUUUCUUCUCCAAGAAUCAGGAUUGGUUGAAACCGUAUGCCGCCUUCUGUUUCCUAAGGGACUUUUUUGAAACAUCUGACCACAGUCAAUGGGGCCGUUUUUCUUUUUUUUCAAAGGACAAGCUCGAGAAACUAGUUUCUGAACGAAGCUUGCACUAUGAUAUUAUCCGCUUUCAUUAUUACAUUCAAUUCCAUUUACAUACCCAAUUAUCGGAAGCUGCUGAGUAUGCAAGAACAAAAGGAGUCGUUCUAAAAGGCGAUCUUCCAAUAGGAGUGGACCGUAAUAGUGUGGAUACUUGGGUGUACCCGAACCUUUUCCGGAUGAACACUUCAACUGGGGCACCUCCCGAUUAUUUUGAUAAAAACGGACAGAAUUGGGGCUUCCCAACUUAUAACUGGGAAGAAAUGUCCAAAGACAAUUAUGGCUGGUGGCGUGCUCGUUUGACACAGAUGGCGAAGUAUUUUACAGCAUAUAGGAUUGAUCAUAUACUCGGUUUCUUCCGAAUCUGGGAACUUCCAGAUCAUGCAAUGACUGGUCUCUGUGGGAAAUUUCGGCCAUCCAUUCCUCUAAGCCAGGAAGAACUUGAAAGGGAAGGACUAUGGGAUUUCAAUCGCUUGAGCCAACCAUACAUUAUACAGAAACUGUUGCAUGAUAAGUUUGGCUCUACAUGGACCAUAAUUGCUUCUAACUUCUUGGAUGAAAGUCAGAAAGGUCAUUAUGAGUUCAAAGAAGACUGCAAUACUGAAAAGAAAAUUGCAUCCAAGCUGAAGUCAUGCCUGGAAAAAUCUAUCUUGCUUGUCGAGAGUGAAGAAAAAGUUCGACGUAGCCUAUUUGAUCUUAUUCAGAAUGUAGUUCUUAUUAGAGAUCCUGAAGAUUCUGGAAAGUUCUACCCCCGUUUCAACCUAGAGGACACAUCGAGUUUUAGUGAUUUGGAUGUGCACAGCAAAAAUGUUCUGAAAAGACUAUACUACGAUUACUACUUUCAGCGGCAAGAAAACUUGUGGCGUCAAAAUGCCUUAAAGACAUUGCCUGUACUUUUGAACUCGUCCGAUAUGCUGGCUUGUGGAGAAGAUCUUGGAAUGAUUCCUUCUUGCGUUCACCCUGUCAUGCAAGAACUGGGUUUGAUUGGAUUACGCAUACAGCGCAUGCCUAAUGAGCCUGAUCUGGAAUUCGGUAUUCCUUCACAAUACAGUUAUAUGACAGUAUGUGCUCCUUCGUGUCACGACUGCUCGACUCUUCGUGCUUGGUGGGAAGAAGAUGAAGAGAGAAGGCGCCGAUUUUUCCAAACCAUUGUGGGGUCUGAUCUGCUACCGCCAGAUCUCUGCACUCCCGAAAUCGCACAUUUUGUUUUGCGCCAGCACAUAGAAUCUCCUUCCAUGUGGUCGAUUUUUCCGCUUCAGGAUUUGCUGGCACUCAAAGAAGAAUACACGAACCGCCCGGCAAUGGAGGAGACGAUAAACGACCCCACAAAUCCUAAACACUAUUGGCGAUUCCGAGUGCAUGUAACGAUAGAGUCCUUGCUGAAGGAUAAGGAACUCGUGUCGAUUAUCAAAGGUCUCGUCCAUGGAAGUGGAAGAUCGAUCCCUUCUGCAGGAGAUGACGUAUUUUUGACAGAAAAAUCGAGAACGGGUGAUUCAAGUAAGCUACAAGAAGCUGCAAAUGUGAUUCCUGAGAAAGCAGCAAUUAUAGUACCUUGA